AUGAAAAUUUUAGUAUUCAUAUUCAUCGUAUUUAUAAUAACACCAUUGGAUGCAGGUUGUUGUAAAAAGCGCAUAAGUCCAUGUCCAAAUGGCGAAACUCCACUUGAAGGUUAUUUUUGUGGUCGUGGCCCUACGCGACAAGAUUGUCCAUCAACUCAUGAAUGUAUUAUUGCACCCGAUGAUUCUUAUGCUGUUUGUUGUCCUCUUUCUCAAACAGUUACACCAACAACUACGUAA